CCUGGCUGUUUGUUUAGGGCCUUGGAUUGGUUUUAGGGGUGGCGUUUUGGUGGAUGUUCAUGGAGAGGUGGACGUACUUGGAGGGGAGUGUGGAGGGGAUACCAACCCAGCCUCCUCACUUAGUUCAGACCCUCUUGCGUCACUUCUCCCAAAACCUGAAUUCCUGAACUGCCAACAGAGCCUAAUAGAAUUCUAAGAAGGAGGGAUCUGGGAUGGAAGAAGGGCAGUGUGAAGGAAAAUUUAGGAAGUUUAGGAGCCAAAAUAGGUGAAAUUAAGAGGCGAGGGCAUAUUUGAGUGGUGAAGGGUUUCAUGUGAGAUUUGGGGGCAUUUAGGAUACUUAAUUCAUGGGGAUUUUGAUAAGGAAGAUGGACAAGUUGUUGUUUCUGAGGUAAAUUAGUAAAGAAAUUAGAUGAGAGGUGUUUAUAGCUUUCAUAUUGAGAUAAACAUCUGUGCACAUGAGUCUUUAUUGAUCUACAUCCGAACCAAUUCACCCAAAUAUUAUCAUUAAAAUAUAUAUUGUUAGUUAUUGUUCACUUUCUUCUUCCUCCUCUUCAUCUUCUUCAUCCUCUUCUCCUUCUUCAUACUCAUCUGAUGAUUCCUCUCCAGCAUCAUCUCCAGAUUCAUCCGAAACAGAGGAAGCUUCUGAGUGCUCAAAGCUUGAAUUUUUCUUAAUAUUGAGAGACUUUCCCCGAGCAGAAACAGGAACAUUCUUUUGCGAAGUUUGCGGUGGUAAUAUGUCUUUCUUUUUCAUUUUGUUAAAAUUAGUGUGCCUUUCUCGAUCUUUAAAAGACGGAUGCAAGGUUUGAGAUUUUCUAUAAAUAUUCUUGCCAAAUUCGUUCGGAACAACCGGGUUUCCAUUCCUCUUAGAGUCUUCCUGGUAAUUUACAUUUUUGUUUGAUGUGCCAAUAAGAGCAUGCUGAGGUUUAGGAAUUCCUACUUUUGAGUUUACAGGAAGAAAGAUUUUAGAUGUUUUAUUUGUGCAAUUCCUCAUUCUUUUCCUUUACAGCUUUAGGGUUCCUUGUAUCCUUUAUUUUUAUUGAUGAGCCUGAUCAUCCCAUUUUC